GCACAGGUAGGGGAUAGCUACGGAGAUAAACAGACGUGACAGGAAAAAUAAAGAGCGCAGGCAAAACACUUGGCCGGAGCCUCCAGUGCAUCAUACACUGUUAUCGCGAUCUCAUGGCACGCCCGCCAGCCCCGGACACGGAUCCUUCACCUUCACCAGCGGCUGCAACUGGUAUCACAAGGUCUCCGUCUGCUACCUGGACUGUCCGACCAGGAACGUUUCCAGUCAGUGCGUCAUCGUCAAGCUCUCGCCCGAGCUCAGAAGCGCUCUACCCAUCCGCCGGAGCAGCUCCAGCAGUAGUGUUGCUCGUAGUGCAAGUCGCACACCACCGUCAGAUCCGCUGACUCUGGCGCUGAUAGCUCCGCACACAUUUCUCUACUGCGAGAGUCCGAAAGAGCUCCGAGACUGGAGGCUGUACACGGGAGUCGAGAGCACGCAGAAAUCCGGCGGUCUGAGGCUGCACGAGCGAUACGUCAGCGAGUCCUUCACCUGCUGCGGUCCUCGCGGAGUCUGGGGGAGCACGCCUCCUCACAGGGGGACGUACGUCCACGAAAACAGUUGUCCGUUUCAGGCUGACUUUGCAGUCUUCGUACUAAAACAAGAGCUCACAGACCAGCUGAAGGAUGUUCUCACUAUACCGUCACUCCCGUCUCUGGGCGAGGGUCGGUUCUCUCAGGCUCUCCGCACUGGGAACCACUAUCUCUCUCUCAUCCAGCGAGGACCCUCUGGUGCUGCCGAGACCCACCGCGUCCUCCUCAAACCUCCCUCAUCACUCUCGAGAAACGAUCCUCUCGAUCGAGGACCAGAUGGCGGCCUACAACGAGACCUCUCGUCUCCAGUACACCUGUGGCCACAGCGACUCACGCUCCGGUGCAGCGGUGGUGUAUUUUGAUUCUGACACUCCGGACAUUGCUCUAGUGCUAGCUGCAAUGCACCUCUACUCUCGCAGAGAUGAUGAGAUCUUCACUCACUGCGCCAUCUCUCUGCCAGCCAUAUUCCACACAAUUGCAGGCAGUCGAGUGUGUGGAGUGGUUCCCUGCCUGUCUCUGCUGGUGGGGGCAUGCAACAACAGCCACUGGACUCACAGGUUCUACCAAGACCUACAAGAUUGUCUCCAUCCGAGAAAUGAUCCAGAGGACAAACAGAUACGCUAUCGUUGGAUAUCUCGACUACUGACAGUGUGUGACUAUCUCUGUCGCGACGAGGCUCAGGCUGUCCUGAGAUUGGAGGUGUACGACAGCCCUCAAAUUGUCCUUGCCUCACUCAACCUCCUGUCUGCCCUACUCGGCUGCUGUCACAAGUCGAGUGCUUUCUAUGAGGUGGCCAAGUUCACCAGAGUCAAGGUCCUGCGAGACAGUCCUCGGUUCAGUGACAGCGCUCACUUCCAGAGACUGUUUGGAGACCUCUGUCUCGCCUUCCUCACACACACCAGAAUGACAGCACAUGAGGUAGUAGACAGUGCAGCAAGCAGAGCUAAGAUUGAGGAGCUGGAGAGAGAAAAAGAGGCCCUAACAACAGAGCUGGAUCAACUAAGACAAGAGUUGGCCCAGACUCAGAGAGGGAACUGUGUAGGUGUGACUGAUGGUGUACUACAGCCAUGCCUCUGCCUCCUGUCUCCUGUGAAUGCUGCUGCUGGUGAUGCUAGUGAUGGUAGGGGUGGUGGGGUGAGGAGGGAGGACUCAGAGUGCCCAUUCUGGGAGAGAGACAUGAGCAGUCUUCUGGCUGAGAAUCAGAGUCUGAAGGAGGCACUUGGUGCUGCUUUUCACAACGUGGAUGGAACAAGUAGAGCUCUUUUUUACAUUGUUGUUGACAUGAUCUUUAUUAACUAUUACCGUUGUAACUUCAGGCUGAUGUAGACCCAGAAUUCAGUUGUAGGUAGCUGGUCAGUUUUCCACAGUGACAGUGCAUAAGUAUGCAUUUAAAAUACGUGUGUGUGUGUGUGUGUGUGUGUGUGUGUGAAUAUUUGGAGAAAACUACACUACACAUUGUUCAUGGCCUGGGUGCUACAACCAUGAGUGUGUAGCUGUGAUAUCGAGGUGUAUAAACUAAUCUAAUAACUACACAGGCAACGGGAUGUGGACUUGUUUUGUCUGUCACUUGGAGAGGAGGCUCCAGGAGGGCUGAGAGGGACACUGGAGCCUCUGCUGGCAGGGGAAGGGGCCUCAGAAGGGGACAGGAUUGAGCUGGUGGUGAGAGAAUGGUCCUCGUGGGAGGACGUGACUGUCAGCAUCUUCUACGAGGUGGCCAAAGAACUGGGUCAUGGACAGAGGAUUCAACAGGUUUUGUCGAGUCGAGAGCAGCCAGAGACUGUUCCCUCGCUAGAUGAGCACAGGAAUAGUACAGCAAAAGUUAUUUAGUAUCAUUAUUGGUUGUUUUAUGUAUGAUUGAAAUGAACCUGCAUAAUAUCAAUAGCAGGCCACUGCAAAUAUAUACAAUAUUGGAGUGACAAUAUUCACCA